AACUGAGGAGUAAAUGCUCAUAUCACUCUUUUCAGCAAAUAGAUGCAUUUCUGGUUCUUUAGGCCAAAAAGAAACAACUCCAUACUGUGCAACGCACACAAAAUGCUGGAGAAAUGCAGCAGGCCACUCAGCAUCUAUGGAAGAGUACAGUUGAUGUUUCAGGCUGAGACCCUUCAUCAGGACUGGAGGAAAAAAUGAGAAGUCAGAGUAAAAGAUGGGGGAAGGGGAGGAAGAAACACAGUGAUAGGUGUGAUGUGAUAUUUAAUUAGGGUAAAUUGCUUAUAGCAAAUCAAGUUUCUCAAAGCAAGCUCUGUACAACUGGUUGUCAUCUGAAGCAAUCCCAUUCCUCUUUGAUGUAGACCUAACUGAAGGACCAGCAACAUCGUUCCAAAUAAAGAUGGUUUCCAACUCUGAGGGGUUCCUCUGACCUUUCUGCUCAGGUCUUUCUAAGUAAUAGACGACUUAGAUUUAGGAAAUGGCGUUGGAAUAACCUGAAUGAGUAACAGUAGUUUAUUUUGUAGACAUUACAAGCUGUAGCGAUAGCGUGCUAGCCAUGGAGAGAAUGAAUUUUUUAGUGUGGUUGGUGGGUGCCAAUUAUGUGGGCUGCACUACCCUGGAUGAUACUGAGCUUCAAGAACUAUUGGUCUUGCAAUCAUCUGGGAAAAGUAUCCCAUUACACUUCUGAGUUGUGGCUUUGUAAAUGAUAUUCGGAGGCUAGUCACUCACAGACCUGCUUACAGCUGAGUAAAGGUAACUACUGAGACAUGGCAGAGGAGCUGGCCAAAGUUUACUGGAAGGAGAUACAAGCAGGAAUGUUGGUAGAACAGGAAUGGCUGGAGAACAUGGGAGUAAUUCAGAAAAAAAUCCAGAAUCAGUUCAUCUCAAAGAAGCAUUCUAAAGGGAGGACAAGACAACUGUAGCUGACAAGCGAAGUCAAAUACAGCAUAAAGAUAAAAGAGAGCUUACAAUAUAACAAACAUUAGUGGGAAGUUGGAGAACUGGGAAGCUUUAAAAAAGCUCAACAGAAGGCAACUAAAAAACCAAUAGAGAGAGAAAAGAUUAAAUAUGAAGAAAAGCUAUCCAAUAAUAUAAAAGAGGAUACCAAAAGAUGUUUUAGAUAUGUAAAGAGUAAGAAAGGCUAGAGUGGAAAAAUGACACUCCAGAGGUAAUAAAGGGGAACAAAGAAAUGGUGGAUGGACUGUAUAAGUAUUUUGCAUCAGUCUUCACUGUGGAGCCACCAGCAGUAGUCCAGAAAUUUGAGUGUGUCAGCAGGCAGAAGUGAGUGUAGUUGCAAUUACUAGAAGUUACUUGGGAAUUUGAAAAGCUUGAAGGUAGAUAAGUCACUUGGACCACAUGAACUAUACCCCAGGGUUCUGAAAGAGGUAGCCGAAGAGACUGUCGAGGCAUUAGUAGUAGUCUUUCAAGAACCACUAGACUUUGGAAUGGUUCUGGAGGACUGCAAAUGUCACUCCACUCUUUAAGGAGGGAAGGAAGAAAAACAAGGAAAGUAUAGGCCGGGGGUCGGCAACCUGCGGCUCCCGAGCCAUUUGUGGCUCUUUCACCUCUGUGCUGCGGCUCCCUGUGGCUUUGGGAAAUAAUUGGUCAGUAUUUAAUUAAAAUGUAUUUUAUGUUAGUUUGUUAGCUUUUGAAAUGUAAUUAUGGUGAUCUUGUACAACCUAAGUGUAGCGACACAUUUCCUGCCACAUCCGAAACGGCUCACAAUUAGCCAGCAUUCCGGCUAAGGGAGAUAGCCUACGGGGGUUUGUGAGUACGCGUCUUUUGCAGCAUCUGCGUCCAUGGGGGGCUGGGUUGAGGGAGGCUUAAAAGCAAGGCUGUUUAGUUCGAAUAAAGCUAUCUUUGACUGCAGUUUACUGACAACGUGUUUUUAUCGCUGGCUGUCCAGACGGAAGGUGCUGAAACGCUUUGUCGCGUGUCUGGAAGAAGUGAAAACUUUCCUGGGCAGCAAAGGGCUCACCUUUCCUGAGCUGGAACAGCCAGAGUGGCUGGAAAAGCUACACUUCAUGGUAGACAUGACAGCGCACCUGAACACGCUGAACACAGCUCUUCAGGGGAAAGGACGUACAGCCCUGCACAUGUUGGAGGAUGUUUUGGCAUUCGAGCGCAAGUUGACAGUGCUUGCCAGAGAUUUACAGAAAGGCACUUUGUCUCACUUCCCCAAUUUGAGAGAGUUCAAACAAGGUCACGACAUGAUAAUUUCGGAGUAUUUACAUUCUGCAAUCAUCGCAAUGCAAACAUCGUUUGGGAAACGCUUCUGUGAGUUCAGAGAGGAAAAAAACACAUUAUCCUUCCCGGUCACUCCCUUAAGCAUCGAUCCUUCCCUACUGAAUACGACUGCAUUGGCAGGUGUGAGUCAGCCUGAUCUUGAGAUGGAACUGGCCGUCAUAGCCGACAAAGACAUAUGGGUGUCCAAGUUUAGACGCUUGACAGCAGACCUUGAAGAUGUUGCCCGUCAGAAGGCCGUUCUUGCUCAGAAACACAAAUGGAGUGAUAUUGAAAACCUCACAGAUGACAGCUUGCGAUCCUGUGUAAAGAUGAAGGUGACAUCAUACAGCCCUGAUGUGCAGACGCUGUGCGCUGAGGUCCAGGAGCAGAAAUCCCAUUAACCAAGAUGACAGCUGGCUGACGUUAUUUUUGGUUUGCUGCUGGCGGAAAAUUUAAGUUCGGCGUUUUUCAUAAAUACAAGAAGGACUCAAAUAGACAUUGAAUAUUUUACUUAAAAGUAACUUUCAACCCAACGUCUUUUUUUCGGAGUUCAAAAUGUUUUUGUUGCAUGCAGAAAUGUAAUUUCGUUUUCUCUGCAGGAGUUCAUCAAUUUCAUAAAUGCAACACAUUAUAGUUUGUUUAUACAUAGCAUAAAGGCAAAAAAAAAACGUUGUAUGCAGUGUUAUUUCAUUUUAAAUGUCAAACGGGUUUUGCGGCUCCCAGUGUUUUCUUUUCUGUGGGAAACGGGUCCAAGUGGCUCUUUCAGUGGUAAAGGUUGCUGACCCCUGGUAUAGGCCAAUUAGCCUGACUUCAGUGGUUGGCAGGAUGUUAAAAAUUCAUUAUUAAAGAUGAAGUUUUGAAGUACUUGGAGGCACAUGAUAAAAUAAGCCAAAGUCAGCAUGGUUUAGGGGAAAUCUUGCUUGACAGAUCUGUUGGAAUCCUUUGAGGAAAUAAGAGGCAGAACAGACAAAGGAGAGUCAGCGGAUGUUGUUUACUUGGAUUUUCAGAAGAACUCUGACCAAGUGCUGCACAUGAGACUGCAAAGUAAGGGCUCAUGGUAUUACAGGAAAGAUACUAGCUUUGACAGAUUAGCUAACUGGCAUAAGGCAACGUGUGGGAAUAAAGAGGCCUUCUCUGGUUGGUUGCCAAUCACCAGUGGUGUUCUGCAGGAGCUAAUGUCGAAUCUGUAGUUUCCAUAUUAUAUAUUAAAGAUCAGGAUGACAGAUAUGAUUGCUUUGUGUCCAAGUUUGUAUAUGAUACAAAGAUAGGUGGAGAGUCGAGUAGUGCUGAGGAAGCAGAGGGUCUGCAAAAGGAUCUGGACAAAUUAGGAGAAUGUGCAGAUCAAAUAGAGUGCAGGGAAGUAUAUAGUUCUGCACAUUGGUACAAGGAAUAAAGGGGUAGUCAAUUUAUUAAAAAAACAAGGAGCACAAACAGAAAUUGUAUUGUAUGGAGGGACUUGGCAUUCUCAGUGCAUGAUUUCCUCAGGUUAACUUGCAGGUUGAGCUGAUAGAAUGGAAGGUAAAUGCAAUGUCACCAUUCAUUUCAAGAGGAGUAGAAUAUAAAAAGAAGGAUGUAAUGUUAAUACUUUUUUAGGCAUUUGUCAGACUACAAUUGAAGUACUGUGAAUAUUUUGAGCCCUAUAUCUAAGGGAUAUGCUAGCAUUGGAGAGGGUCCAGAGAAGGUUUAUAAGAAUGAUUUCAGGAAUUAAAAAGUUAUUGUAUGAGGAGAGUUUGGUGGUGCUGGGUCUGUAUUUGCUGGAUGGAGCUUAGCAAAUUAAAGGGGGGAUCUCAUUGAAACGUACUAAAUAUUGAACUGCCUAGAUUUUGUGGAUAUUGAGAGGACAUUUCCAACAGGAGGAGAUUCUAGGACCAGAGAGUAGAGCCUCAGAAUAGAAGGGCAUCCCAGUAGUACAGAGUUGAGGAAGGAUUUCUUAACCAGAGAUGGUGAAUCUGUGGAAUUUUUUGCCACAGAUAGCCAAGGAAGCCAAGUCAUUCGAUAUAUUUAAAUCUGAGGUUGAUAGGUUCUUGAUUAGUAAGGGUGUCAAAGGUUAAAAGGAGAAGGCAGAACGGAGUUGAAAGGGAACUUAAAUCAGUCAUGAUCAAAUGGUGAGUAGACUUGAUGGACUGAAUUGCCCAAUUCUGUUCCUAUGUCAUAUGAUCUUAUGUUGAUUGUAAGGGGUUGGGGGUGGUGUGGAAAGAAAUGGGCUUGUUCUGGUAAUGCCUUUGAAUGGCAAUAGCUACAAUUUCUUCUGCUGUGGAUGGUCAUUCCCAGAAAGUCCUGUUACAUGCCUUACAGUGUAACAACACACAUUCUUUUGUUUCCCUCUUGUGGUUAUUUGUGAAUAUCAAUAGACAACACACCAAGUGAUCAUCUAGGGGAAAUGUAUUGGGUGAUUAGGAAAAUAUUAGUUGCUGGAGCAGCAAGUAAGGUAGACUGUCCCAAACAGAAUAAUGAGGAAAACUGUUUUUAACUACUUCAUAAUUGGGAAAACCGUCACCCAAUUCUAAUUAAUGUGAAGGAGAGCAAGUAAAAACAACAAUGGAUUACUUUUUCAUAUGCAACUCUAUGAAUACAAAUCAUUAAUAGUUCAAUUACAUUUGUACAAGAGGGUGUAAAAAUGCUUAGCAAAGAAGAAACUGCAACCUGGAAAAGGUUCCCUCGUAAAAAAGG